AUGAGCCAGUUUGUACCAAAUGUUUCGCACCACAUCCGGGCUGCAAGUAGCCAUCAGCACAGACCUGUGUGCUGGGCAGAUAAAGGGAAGGAUGGAAGUGACACUUGUGAGGGGCGUAGCAAGGCACAUGGCCAUGGAGGGUAUGAUUCUGACUUUAGUGAUGACGAGAAUGGAGAGAAGUCUGUGCAAAAGACUAAAAGUAUAAAGGAAGAUGGCCUUCUGACAAAGCCAUUUCAAAAAGCAAAACAAGGCAGUGUGGCUCACAGACAAUUUGCAGCUGAAGAAUGGGAUAGGGAAGAAGCAAGAAAAAGAAGAUUCCACUUGAUAGCAAUGGAUGCCUAUGAAAGACAUAAAAAGUUUGUAAGUGACUACAUUUUAUACUAUGGUGGCAAAAUAGAGGAUUUCCGACGUUCUGGAGCAAAUGACAAGACGGAUCUUGAUGUUAUUAGAGAAAACCAUAGAUUCCUGUGGAAUGAAGAUGAUGAAGCAGACAUGAAUUGGGAGAAGAGGCUUGCAAAGAAGUAUUAUGACAAAUUGUUCAAAGAAUACUGUAUAGCAGAUCUCAGUAGAUACAAAGAGAAUAAGUUUGGAUUUAGAUGGCGACAUGAGAAAGAAGUAAUUUCAGGAAAAGGUCAGUUUUCCUGUGGAAAUAAGCACUGUGAUGAGAAAGAGGGCCUGAAGAGCUGGGAGGUGAAUUUUGGUUACAUUGAACAUGGUGAAAAGAGGAAUGCACUUGUGAAACUGAGACUAUGUCCAGAAUGUUCUUACAAACUAAACUUUCAUCACAGGAGGAAAGAAGUCAAAGCAUGCAAGAAAAGAGGCACAGCUAUACCGAACUCUAAAGAGCCAAAAAUUAAGAAGACAAAAUUAUCUUGUUCAGCAAAAAAGAAGUCCAAAAAAAAGACCCAUAAAGAUCAGGUUUCUUCAGAAGAUUCAGAUAAUUCUGAUAAAGAUUCACAUAACAGUGAUGCACAAGAUGGUCCUUCAGAUGCUGACUUUUGGAAAGGUCCUCUACAAGAAGCAGAUGAAAAAUCACGUGAGGAGGAGUUCGAUGAGUAUUUUCAAGACUUGUUUCUCUGAAAUUUGACAUUGAGGUAGUCUGAUCUUCAUGAGUUGUCAAGGUGAAAGUCUGGAAAUCCAGAUAUAAUUGGGGACCAGAGACCUCUUUCUGCCAGCAUACCUUUUCUACAGUCACUCAUAUGGACCAUCUCAGUAGAUUAUCGUUGUAGAAGGCUUCAGG